AUUACCACAAUCCUAAAAUGUUUGAAGCUCAAUCCGGACACAGAAAUAUCAAGCCCAGAAAGAGAGAUCAAUUGCCAGGUUUCUUUUAGGCCACAAGUUGAUUGAGGUGGUUCAGGUAUGUUAGAGGCCAAGGAAGUGUAUUCGUUCUUGCUCUUUGUGAAUGGGUGGUUGGGUCAGCUCUUCACCCCCUGCUCCCAACCAGUCCUCCUAUCUACAAGCAGUCUCAAUACCCAACAGUAUCUUGGCAAAUGGUACUUCAUUGCAGCGGCUGGUGUGAAGGAGUCAGAUGUGCAGAUGUUCAGACAGAUGGACAGCACUGUGUUUCACCUGAAUGAGACCUCUGAAAAUACACUACUGUUGACCGGAGCCAUGCGCGUGGGUGUUCAUUGCAUUAUGAAAAACUGGACAUAUACUAUUCAGUCUGGCAAAGAUGAUUUGACAUUAGAAGGCAGGCCUGAGCUGCAAACUCUAGUGUGGAGUGGAGAGUGGCUGAACUGUACCAAGUGUAUCCUGCUGCAGGAGAUGGAGCGUCACUUGGACCCACUAGAGAGACACGACACCCUCAACAGAUUCAUGCUUUACGCUCGUGACAGUGCCUUAUUGGAUAAUAAAGUGGUGAAGGUGUUUCAGACCCAAACAGCUUGUAAAAAUAUGGGCAGAUUUGUCCAUCUCCCUCAAGAGAAAGAGCUUUGUAAAUUGGAGAAUAAGGCGUAGCACUGAGGCUACCUGAUAUUUGUUGGAAUCUUCAAUCAAGAUCAUGCUAUGCAUCAAAAUAGGUUUCCUUUUGAUAGUUUAAUAUUAGCGUAUUGCCCACUCUAACUUUGAUCUAACUCCGAAACGUGGACCUAAUUCAAAUGAAGAACUCUCCUCUCAUUUCCCAUGUGUAAUAGUAAAACAAAUAAACAGAAAAAAGAACAGCUAUUCAAAGUCUGUUCCAAAGUCUCAGAAUGUUUAGAAUAGCACUAGUGCUUAGACUUCUAAGCAUUUUCCAUCGCUCAUUUAAACUUGCAGUGACAAGGCACACAGUUAUCAAGCUUUCUAAAAGGGCCUAUUUCCAGGCAAAUAUUUCACUUUCACGCAUUUCUCUUUUUGUGAGGGAUGACUUAACUGUCAUGGUUCAGUCAUGGUUCACUGAACUGCAUUGUUCCACUCUUCACCUACCUCCAUCAAUGGAGGCUGCUGAGUGGAGGAUGGCUCAUAAUAAUGUCUGGAAUGGAGUCAAUGGAGUGGUAUCAAACACUUGGUUUCCAUGUGGUUGAUACCAUUCUGUUGACUCCAUUCCAGACAAUAUUAUGAGCUGUCCUCCCCUCAGAAGCCUCCUCUGACCUCCAUCUAAAUACCAUUGAAAUAUUUCGAAAAUAAUCCAGGGCUAGUUUACGGGGAAGAGCCACCCACGUAGUUACACUGACAGUGCAGGGGAAAUUCCCAUGAUGCUGCUGACAGAGCAUAAGCUCAGAGCACACAGUCGUUCACAACUAGAGUGGUCAUCAACAGUUCUCUUCUUCAUUUGCUCUAAUGUAAUAAUACACAUAUUAUUUCUUGUAAGGUUAUUUCUUUGACCUGCAGGUCAAAAUCAAGAAAAUAGGGAUAUAUGAUGGGGUCCUUUGGGGUGCAUUGGAUAUGUUGUACUUGUAAUUUCUAUGGCUUAAAUACAAUAACAGACUCCCAUGUCUGGUCCUAUAAAAACACCUACAGUAUACACUACAUUGACAAUAAACUUUUUCCUAUACAGGCAGCAGGUAGCCUAGUGUUUAGAGCGUUGGGCCAGUAACCAAAAAGUUGCUAGAUUGAAUCCUCGAGCUGACAAGGUAAAAAUCUGUCGUUCUGCCCCUGAACAAGGCAGUUAACCCACUGUUCCUAGUCCGUCAUUGUAAAUAAGAAUUUGUUCUUAACUGACUUGCCUAGUUAAAUAAAAAUAAAAAAUACAAGAGGAAA